GGGAAAUGAAUGAGUGAACGAGAGCAAAACAGGAAACGCCAGAUUUGUCAAAUGAGAGAUCAUUUCCAUUAAUAUUUUCUAGCAACGGUUUUUUUUUUUAAGUAUGCCAACAAAUAUUUCAGCGGCUGUGCCAUUUUAUUCCAAAAUACCAGCUUGACGCGUAUUUCUUUAAGACCACAAUGCCAAGAAUCAAAGAAUACCUGGAAAGCUUGAAGCAGUAUUUGAAGGUUGAUCACGUCAGAGAAGUUGGCCGCCAGUAUCCAGUCUUCUGUUUCAUCUUACUGUUUUUGCUUCUGUCAACUGUUUUUCUGAACCGGUACCUUCAUGUUUUGAUGGUUUUUUGGUCAUUCCUGGCAGGCGUGGUUACUUUUUAUUGCUCCCUCAACCCUGAAUCUCUGCUUCCUAACAUCAUCUUCACUAUAAAGCCAAAGACCAAGCAGGAACAGCAGGAGUUGUUUCCCUCCGGUCAUAACUGCGCUGUUUGUGGGAAACGGAAGUGCAAACGCCACAGACCCACACUGCUUCUGGAAAACUAUCAGCCAUGGCUGGAUUUGAAAGUGCAUUCCAAAGUGGAUGCGUCUCUUUCAGAAGUUCUGGAGUUGGUCCUAGAAAACUUUGUGUAUCCAUGGUACAGGGAUAUCACAGAUGAUGAAUCGUUUGUGGAUGAACUGCGAGUGACAUUGCGCUUUGCUGUAGCCAUCAUGGUCCGCAGGGCACAGAAGAUUGAUCUUCCAUCUCUUAUCACAAGCAAGCUGCUGAAAGCUGCCAUGAAGCACAUUGAAGUCAUUGCAAAAGCACAUCAGAAAGUGAAGAACAGUGAGUACCUGCAGCAGGCUGCUCUGGAGGAGUACGGGCCGGACCUGCACGUGGCCCUGCGCAGCCGUAGGGAUGAGCUGCUCUACCUCCGCAGGCUGACAGAGAUGCUCUUCCCUUACAUCCUGCCCCCCAAGGCCAGCGACUGCAGAUCGCUUGUCCUGCUGAUUCGAGAGGUGAUGACCGGGUCUGUUUUCCUCCCCUCGAUGGAUUUCCUUGCCGAUCCUGACACUGUGAAUCACUUGGCCCUCAUCUUCAUCGAUGACACCCCACCCGAGCCAGCCCUGGAGCCCCCUUCUGCCAUGGUCCCGUUCCUGCAGAAGUACAUUGAGCCCCGCAACAAGAAGCCGUCUGUGCUGAAGCUGGAGCUGAAGGAGAUCCGUAAGCAGCAGGACCUGCUGUUCCGCUUCAUGAACUUCCUGAAGCAAGAGGGCGCCGUGCAUGUGUUGCAGUUCUGCCUCACCGUGGAGGAGUUCAAUGACAAGAUCCUUCGUCCCGAGCUGAGCGACGAAGAGAUGCAAAGCCUUCACGAGGAAGUGAAGCAGAUCUACGAAACCUACUGCCUGGACGAGAGCAUCGACAAGAUCCGCUUCGACCCUUCCAUCGUCGAUGAAAUCCGCAAUAUCGCCCUGGGGCCCUACAGGGGAGUGGUGAGGCUGCAGACCAUGUGCUGUCUGUUCGAGGCCUACGAGCACGUCCUGUCCCUGCUGGAGAACGUCUUCACCCCCAUGUUCUGCCACAGUGAUGAGUAUUUCAGGCAGCUGUUGAGAGGAGCCGAGUCUCCGGCCAGAAGCUCCAAGCUGAGCAGAAAUAGCCUGAGCUUGGACGAUAUCCGGAACACCUCAAAGCGCGAGUCUUUUGCGAUCAGCCGCUUCAGCAGCAAAAUCAAAGACGUCUUCAAGAGCACCACCAUGGAAGGGGCCAUGCUGCCAGCCCCCAACGCCGGGGAGGGAGAAGAUGACAUGGUGGAAGAGGCCACCGUGGUCCUGGAAGACGACACACCCGCGGAGGCGGUGUGUGCCCCCAGCACGCUCAGAAACCUGUUGGCCUGGACGGUCACUAUCCCAUACGUGGACUUCUGCGACGAGGACCCCAAGAAGGAGCGGAUCCCCGUCUUCUGCAUCGAUGUGGAGCGCAGCGACCGCCAAGAAGCCGGUCAUGAGCCCCAGAGCUGGUCCGUGUACAGAAGAUACCUCGAGUUCUACGUUCUCGAGUCUAAGCUCACGGAGUUCCACGGAUCCUUCCCUGAUGCACAACUGCCUUCUAAGAGGAUAAUAGGACCAAAAAACUAUGAGUUCUUAACGUCAAAGCGGGAGGAAUUUGAGGAGUAUCUACAGAGACUGCUCCAGCACCCAGAACUGAGUAACAGCCAGCUCUUGGCAGACUUCCUGUCCCCUAACAGCAUGGAGUCCCAGUUCCUGGAUAAGAUACUGCCAGAUGUCAAUCUAGGAAAGAUUAUCAAAUCGGUCCCCGGUAAACUAAUUAAAGAGAAAGGCCAGAACCUGGAGCCCUUCAUCCUGUCGUUCUUCAACUCCUGCGAGUCGCCCAAGCCCAAACCCAGCCGUCCUGAGCUGACCAUUCUCAGUCCGACUUCGGAGAACAACAAGAAGCUCUUCAACGAUUUGUACAAAAACAACGCCAGCCGUUCUGAUGAGAAACGGCACAACCAGAAUUACUUCCUGGAGAUGAUCACAGUGGACGGAGUGUAUGACUACCUCAUGUAUGUGGGCCGUGUGGUGUUCCGUAUCCCUGACUGGAUGCACCACUUGCUGACGAGCGGUCGGAUCCUGUUCAAGAACACGCUGGAGGCCUACGCCGACCAUUACCUGCAGUUCAAACUGGACCAGGUCCUGCAGGAGCACCGCGUGGUCUCUCUCAUCACCCUGCUGAGAGACGCAGUUUUCUGUGAGGACAGUGAACCUCGUUCCCCCGAAGACAAGCAGAAACGAGCCAAGCGCACGUUUGAAGAAAUGAUGAGAUACAUUCCAGAUUUCUUGGGGAAAUGCAUCGGAGAGGAGGCCAAGUACGAUGGGGUCCGGCUGCUCUUUGACGGCCUGCAACAGCCGCUGCUCAACAAGCAGAUGACAUAUGUGCUCCUGGAUAUUGUCACACAAGAGCUUUUCCCUGAGCUAAGCACGGUGAAAACAACAGCCAGCAGACCAUGUGGCUCUUCAGGAUCACGGAUGGGUGUCCUGGCCUAGAAAAUUCCGGAAUCCACAAUAAGGAGUGACGGUUACCGAUGACAUGUCGAGAAAAGGCAGCUUGGCAGCACCCACAGUAUAAAUGUGAAAAUAUGUCAAUUUUGGUGUAUGGUGUAGCCCUGCUCUGUACUGAAGCAGGUACAGAAGGCAGUCCUUCUGGCACCAUGAACAUCAACCUAGUCUUUGGUUUCCUUUUAGCCAAAGGAUGUGCAAUAUUCUUUAUAAACCCCUGACUUUCCUGAAUUAUCUUAAUUGGCAUUCAGUGGUGUUAAUCAAUGUUCUGGAAUCUCACACAUUCCGACAUCUGUGAUGAUUUUUACUAUAUUUCCACGUCAGCAAACGUCUGUAGGAGCACACCAACAUUCCAAUGUAUAAUAUUAAAUUAAAAAAGUAUUUAUUGCUUUUAAAAUGA